AUGCGCGCUGGGAAGCCUCGGGUAAGCUGUCCACCUGCUCCGGGGGACACCUGCCUGGUAGCAGGAUUAAAGGGGGCGUUGUUAUCUCUUGUUUCUAGUAAUGAUUACCAUCACAAACGAGACGCGGGGAACCUCCAGGCUGGGAAGCGCCGCGCGGCGGUCCAGUUCACCACAUCUUCCCGCCCCGGGCCACGAGGGACACAGUCCUGGCUGGAGACUGGGAUGGGCAGAGGCCAGGCGACAGUGGCCCGGCCAGAGCCGGCUCUGGGAGUCCAGGGGCUAGCCCUGGGAUCGGUUACUCAGGUCUGGGCGAGGGUGUGGGGUGGUCGUGGCAGCCCCAGAGCAGUCUCGAGUUGCCUUCGGGCCCCAGGGGCUCCAGGGCCGGGCGUGGAGAGCCACGCCCCGGGAAGCCGCCCCGCCCGCCGGGCUGCCCGCACCGCUAGGGUUAAGGCCAGGGAGCCUGGCAGACUGGGCGGUGCGUGCGCGGAUUGGGGAGAAGUUUUGGUGCGGGAUGGGGCGCGGGGCGGGCCGGUGCGCGCGAAUUGGCUGGAAGUUGUGAGGGGCGGGGCGCGCGGCGGGCUCCGCGCUCGCUCUGGGAGAGUCGACAAAGCCCCGCAGGGAAGGACACCUCGCGGCGCCCUGGGCCCCUUGCCCCGCCGCCCCGGGACCUUGGCCCUGGCCCCCGGCAUGCGGCGCCCGAGGCAGCGAUGA